AUAAGAAGUUUUCCUGAAGAGGGAACGAGCGCAAUCGUGAGCGACGCGCGAGAUCCCUCGGUCGCCGCGUUCGCCGCGCCGACUUUAUUUUUCGUGCUACAACGAUUCGUACCGGCACGAUUCGCUUUGCGACACAUUGUACGCGCCGACGAUCGUUCUCUCGUAAAAUUUGCCCGCGAAACUUCUGUGCGGUGUCUUUGCUCCGGUAUUCGUUCGAAUCGUCGGUCGAUAGUCGGAAUCGGUAAUCGAUCUUCAACGAUAUCUCUGAGCAAACCGACGUAAUAUCUGCGAUCGUCUGGGAAAUAUUUGCCUCGAAAAUGAACGAAUCACGAACUAUCGUCACGGCCGUCGGGACCAACGCCGGACCCCGUUCACCGUCGAAUCCGGAGCGGAUCUGUUGAUGCGAGGCGAUCGAGCGUCGCCGAAGGAGAAAGAGACAGGAAAAUGAAUAGACGCGAUGCGUGCCGAGCGGGAAGCCCUUCGAAGAAGGACAAAGGAAAACCGAGAAAGUGGAAAGCUGCAACGACGUUGUGGGCGCCGAGCAACUGGCCGAAGGUGACGAUGUCCCGCGACGAUAGAAUCUGCGAGAGGGCCGAGACGUUCGCCGAAGUCACCCCGUCUUCUAGCGGGUCGCAGGCGAACGGUCGUAAAGGGGAACAAAAGGGAGAAGAUGAAGAGGAGGAAGAGAACAACGAAGAAGGUGACUGCAACGUCGAAUAUUUCUGUCGCAACGCGAAAGAGGAGCGGGGAAUCUGCCCGAUCACCGGUUCCAGCGUGAUUCGGGAUGAUCCAGGGAUCGAAGGAGCCGCGCGCGCGAAGGAAAACGGUUCGAAGAAGAUCGGGAAAGGCAACGACCGAUCGUCGACGAUGGAAACUGCGAAAUCGGCCGGCGAAGAAAAGCCGAUUUUCGUUGACCUGACGACCGACGAGAAAAAGAAGUGGAAACGGACGAUCCUGAAGCGUUCCUACGACCUAAAUCCUCCGAUCGAGGACGACGAACGAGAAACAGGAGUCCAGAAUCUUGCCGCGAGCAUCACGAUAGCCGAUAGCUCGAGUAAAACACGCAACAGUUUGGCAACGGCGCUGCGGGACCGUGGAUCAUACCUGAUUCCGGUGCAGCCUAAUCGUUCUCUGCCGAUUCGGCCCGCGCCAUUGCCGACGCGAUUGUUCCGCAAGAACGGCCUUUCGCUGAUGGUUCUCUCGAAGCCGAGCAACUUGGAUCUCGACGACUCGGAGGAGUCGGUAAAAUCGAGCAGCCUAACCACGAGCGAAACAACGCUCGGCAAACGCAACGGAACGGAUGCCGGCUCCGAAACGGCGAAGGCGUCGACUUCGGAGGACUCCUCGGUUCCCCAGGAUCGCAACAAGGGAUCGAAAAGUCGACAGAUUUCGAUCGAGCCGAGUCACCACGGCGGGGCCAGGAAGAAGAGCAUCGACGACAACGGGGAUCGGGAGAAAGACCGCGCCGUGCAGAAGAGGAAGAAGAAAUCGCACGGGGCGGAUUCGAGCCAGGGAGCCAAGGAGAACGGCUCGAGGAGCAUCGUCAAGGAAUACCUGAGGAACUUUUGCGGCUCGACCGACGACCCUGCUGCGAGAAAUCGGAGCACCGGUAAGUGCGCGAACGCGUGCUACUAUUGCGAGAAGGACGGCUACAGGAAUAUGACGGUGCCUCCGUUGAGGCUGAAGAAAAUCGUUCGUACGGGGACGCGGGAGAGCGACGGUUCGCGUACGGCGGCGGGAUCUAGCCACGAGUCGAACUACAAGAUCGUCAGGGAGGAGGAGUCUCGUCUACGAUCGGGCCCGCAUUUUACAAAUCGGAACAGCGCGCUCCAGGAAAAUGCGACGACCCCGAAGGUCCCGAACAACAACCGGAAAGUGAAAUAUCGGCGGAACAAGCUGAAGCAGAAGCUCGCAGAGUUGAAAAGCAAGGUCCUCGAUCUGGCCAAGGUGAUGGCCGACGACACCAGCUCGCAGCAAAACACCAGGCUGAAACAGAUAAUGAAUCGAUACGAGAAGCAGAUCGAGAAUCUGUCGAAAAUGCGCGACAAACUGUCCGCGACGCUUCCAGCUUCCGAGGAAGGCGAACCCGGGUGUUCGUCGAACGUCGACCAUCUUCCCGCCGGAUCGAAUCGAGACGGACCCUCGGAAAACGAAUUUCCGAUCUCGUCUUCUCCGGAGCCACCGAAACUCUCUCCCCGAUCUUCGACGAGUUUCGAGAAUAUACCGCCCGAAGAGAUCAGGAACAGUCCUCCCAUCUUGCCCAGAGUGUGCCUGAACGUCUCCUCGUCGAGCCAGGACGAGGAGUUUCUGGUAUCCGACUCCUCGACCUGGUCCGCGUGCGAGGAACCGAUCGAUCGGUCGUUCUCCGCCGACUCCGACCGAUCCGAUCGUCCAAGGAAGGAUUUGGCCGGCUUGGGAAGCUGUACGCGAGCCACGGAGAACGGUUCGAACGUCGACGCGAACGAUCAUCGAAUCGACAAAAAGUGUUCGAGUCGUUCCGCGAGCAUAGGGCGGCUGUUCGAGGACGAUCGUUCGGAGGAGAAGAAGGACGAGGGGAGGCACGAGGUGAAAGAAGAGGAGCAUUCGCCGGGCCGUUUGGUCAUCCACGAGGAGGCGAACGCUCGCGCGAUCGGGUUCCCCGACUCGGGACCGAUCAUCGGUUCGGUGAUAAGCGGUCCGGAAGUAGCCGCCACGGUUUCAGCCGCUGCCGGCGAAAUACGCGAACCUGCUACCGGCAAGCGAGUCUCGCGGCCCGAUCCUUGCGUAUCCGGCGAGAAUGAAACGCGGCCGAACGUUGUCGAAGUUAAUCGGAACGCGCCCAAGCAGAAGGUACAGACAUUGAGACGUCUUCUUCCGGGAUCGAGAAAUAAUCCGUUCGUUCGGCAGGUCACCUCGAGCACCAAUCGGUCCGUUCAGGUCCAAUUCGCGCAGGCUCCCGCGAGGCAGGAAACUACGAUACCUCGACGAGGCUACAAAAAGGAGAAGCCGCCCGUCGACGCGGCUCCGGAGAACGCCGGCAAUUACACCAUCACCGAACAAUUUCCAACUCUUGGCAACUGGGUAGCUCGAAUGUCCAAGAACGUAGGAGCCGUUCCAUUGGACCGCGUCGUAGGACCGUCUGAAAAUUUUAGCCGACAGGUACCUACGUCGAAGAUGCACAAGACGAUCGCCCUGAAUGUUCCCAACGACAUCGUGAACCCAACCCUUCCGUACGGUACCGACGGUUGGCAGUUCUAUCAUCAACAGCAGCAGCAGCAGCAGCAGCAGCAACAACAACAGCAGCAGCAGCAGCAGCAGCAGCAGCAGCAGCAGCAGCAGCAGCAGCAGCGUCAGCAACAGCUGCUGCAACACGUUGCACCGCAGCCGAUCCCGAUGGUUCCACCUUAUCGACCUCCUAUUUAUACGCCAAUUCCGAUGGGUCAAUAUUACGCGAACAACUAUGCCAUCGAUCCUUACAACAGCGCGGCUCUAAAUUGUCAUCCGACGGUCUGUCCUUACAGUCCCUACCCGUACUACCCCAGACUGCAUCCGCCGUCGUUACCGGCGCCCUAUCAUUUGCCCAUACAAGAAGGCUUCCGGCCGCUGCAACACUCGGACAAACGUUACCAUCCGUCGCUCCAAUCCGAACCUGUCGCGAAGUAUUCGCCGCCCGUGGCAAACAAUCUGCAGCAACCUACCGCUUUGCCAGCCGAUCGUCUGCGAGGCGUCGCCGUUAACGGAAACAACGUCGGAGUGCCCGGUCUACCGCCGCUCUUCUUACCGCCCGCGCCCUACAAUCCCAUGAUGCAAGCGAGGCAGAAAGUACUUCCCGGUAUGCUCGCGGCAGCUGCAGCCGCCGCGGUUAUGGCAGCGGCCACCUUGAAGGGACAACGCGACCCACCAGCCUGCGACGCGAGGAAGUCCGAUCUGUCGAACGCGACUUUCGCGAAUGUUAUAGACUCGGGCAGCUCCCGUGCCGGAAUUAUCGGCAAAACGGAGAUUCCGCUCGCGAAUAAUAAUUCGCGGAUGCAAAAUUAUUUGCUCGGCGGACUGGGCCUUGCCUCGAGACCCAACGAUUUUAUUAUGCAAGCGGACACGAAUUCGAGCGGCGACAACAAUCGAUUACAAAUGACGGCGAUCGAUUCCUCGACGCCCCAAAGGAUUCUAGUCCCGCAGACGACCAAGACCGUCCCCCGACACGAGGUCAGAAACUGCGAGACUCCGCAUUUGGGCAAGGUGAACCAAAGCCCUAAUAGCUCGUACACACUAGUUUGCUCGAACUGCGGGGUGAUCGGCCCGAAAUUCAAAUGUCUCGGCUGCGAGAUGGUUUUUUAUUGCAACGGACAAUGCCAGCAGAUACACUGGAGCUUUCAUGUUAAACAGUGCCCGAAGAAAAUGCCGAAAUUGAAGAAAGUUUCUUGAGACGGCGCGGCGUGUUCGCAUUUGGGAUCGUGCCCCGUUUGGGUUUUCAGUAUAAUUUGACCAAAGGCUUGUUAGCAUAGCAUCGAAUAGAUUCAUCCGUGUCUACGAACAGCCGUAUCGGCGACACGGCUACGCGUGAUUUCUUAUCGUUACAAUAAUAUACGUACAAUCGAUUCGAUCGUAUCGGAGAACUCGGCACUCGAUGUACCUGGGUAGAGAAAGGCUGCGAUCGAUCGUGAUAUUUUAGAAUGAUCGUAAAUAGAUUCGACUAAUAUACAUGUAUAGUUUCAUCCAUUCUCGACGAGAAGAAUUCGGGUGACGCGAACGGCAAUGACAAGGCACGAAACGACGUUUUACGAAAUCUCGGAACGAUUAGUUUAAUUAUUCGCGCGUUUAGUACCACUACUACUACCGGAAACAUUCGUCUAGACCGAUUAGCUAAAAAAUUAUGCGUCGGAGACGCGACCGGUCUCCCUCGAUCAUUAUCCAUUUGUACAAACAACGAGACGUAUCGCUCUAACUCGUUCGAAUAUUUCAAGUACAAACAUUUUGAUACUGCCGCUUACGAUUACGCUAGAACGUAGAAUAUAUUGGGAUUCGCCGAGGUGCGGAUCAUUUUUAUACAAACUAAUUAUAUACCUCGUUGACGUUCGGAAGCCGGACGGCAAUGCGAACGUUCGUGUUCUUUUAUCGUAUGUACGAGUUUAUCGAUGUCUCUGUGCAACUUUUAACGUGUACACGAACGCGAGAGGCGAUGAAAAAGAAAUUUCUCUUUUUAUCUCAACGGACGAACACUUAUGAAAUAAUAUGCUACCGAUAUACGCGACGAACAAUUCGAAUUGGACGCAUCCUGCGAGCAGUAGUUGCUUUAUCUCGUCUUUUUUUCUUUGCCAAAAUUGAACAUUUAUAAACGAUAUCGAUAGCGACUCCCAUUAUAAUAUUCCUGACACCGUUUAGAACGCGAGAACUUUUUCAACAACCGGAAUAAACGAUUCGAAUAUUUCUUUAGACGACAGAUACGGACUGGUAUACCGGACAACGACUGAACUGCUUCGUUACACAUUUGUCGUCGCUUGGAACGACAAAACAAAAUAAAGGACUCUCGUUUUUCAACAUUUUUACUCCUCUACAAACUAAAAAAGCUACCGCGUUUCGAAAAGUGUCCGAAUAUGAACGGGAGUCACUCCUAUACAUCUACGAAUGUCUUUUUGUUCGCUCUUUUCGUCGGAACGCACCAAACUACGAUGAUGUGAUAUAAUCUGUGCCUCGUUUACUCUAACUUAUCGCAGUCUUAGCAUGUACAGGAAUUUCUCCCGAAAGAAAACAACGAUCAAAACGGUCUGUUCGAGCGUGCGUCGGGUAAGAGGAACCGCGGAGCUACAAAAUACAUACGUGGUAAAUACUGGAUGCGUACGCGACCGUCGAAUCGUGGCUAAAAUUUAGAAAUGAAAAAGUUCACGUACAGUUUCGCGGUCCCUCGAAAUACACAUUCGGUUCCCGUUCCCCGCGACACUCGCGGAGAUAUUGCUGUACACGCGCUUCGAUGUUUAUCAAAAUCGAAAGAGUGCUGUAUAUAUUUUUAUACAACUCGAGAAACAACGCGUAAACAACAUUGUACGUUUCGUAACGGGCUAUCGUAUGUAAAUCUUUUAUACCGUGUAGCGAUGUUACGUAUUGUUCAAUAAAUAGCACAAUGUUGACUUUGUA